GGUAUCCCCAUCGCGCUGGUUCGAGGGGGAUCCCAGGGUGCCCCCAUCGCGCUGAGUCUGGGGGGAUCCCAGGGUGCCCCCAUCGCGCUGGGUCAGAGGGGAUCCCAGGGUGCCCCCCCAUCGCGCUGGUUCGAGGGGGAUCCCAGGGUGCCCCCCCAUCACACUGGGUCAGAGGGGAUCCCAGGGUGCCCCCCCAUCGCGCUGGGUCAGAGGGGAUCCCAGGGUGCCCCCCCAUCGCGCUGGGUCAGAGGGGAUCCCAGGGUGCCCCCCCAUCGCACUUGGUUGGGGUGGUUCAGUCAUUGCCAAGCUCCCAGCAAUGACAGCUCAUAGCGAUCUGCGGAGAGGAGACCCUGCACCUCCCCAUGGACUCAGGUCAAUUCCCAGUAAGUCACUGAGUGAUGAAGAAAACCUGAAACUCUUUGGGAAAUGCAACAAUCCAAACGGACAUGGACACAACUAUAAAGCCUGGGCCUUUGACCUUGAGACUCUGGGAAGAGAUAAUCAGCAGACAAUGGUCCUCACUUCAGGGUGUAGCUUCAAAAGACUGGAGAUUUGCAUAACCAGAGUUGUAGUGACUGUGCGUGGAGAGAUUGAGCCUACAUCAGGAAUGGUUAUAAACCUGACGGACCUGAAAGAAUAUAUGCAGGAAGCCAUCCUGGAGCCACUUGACCACAAGAACCUGGAUAAAGACGUGGCUUACUUUGCUGAUGUUGUCAGUACGACUGAGAAUGUGGCAGUAUACAUCUGGGAAAACCUCCAGAAGUGCCUGCCUGCAGGGACUCUUUAUAAAGUCAAAGUGUAUGAAACGGACCAGAACAUCGUUGUGUACAAGGGGGAAAAGACAGCUCUUGAGAAAUGAAAUUCAACUCAGCUGAUCACAGUCUUCUGAGGAAUUAAUCGAAGCAGUAUAUCAAUGGAGUAUACCAUGGUGUAUCAAUGACAUGUAGACGGUGAUUUUGUAGAGUGGGUUUUUUUUUUUUAAUAGAAGGUCAUUUUUAGGUAAUUAAAGACAAUUAUUGUGGCAAGCUAA